AUACGCAUGCGCAAAACUAGAGCACGGCAAACCUUUAAAGUGUUGAUGCAAUUGACAGCUACCUUGUAAGAUAUUUUGACAUUACUCAAUUUGGCUUUGGCAGAUGCGCCUCUCUGGGAAUUGGAAUGCUGCACUCAUAGGCAAAAGACAGGCGAUCAUCUUUACCGACCUCGAUUAAACGAAGACGGAAGUAGUGACAAGGGAAUGCUCCCGUUUUUUUCUUGAGCUGUUGGACUUUCUGUCGCGAGCUCAGCAGAAUCGCCUGCUUGCUCUCACGAGGGGAGCCAGCCCAGUCUUGUCAGCGCGCGGCUGUGUGGUGGAAGAUGGCGCUAGCCGAAUGGAAAUCCUAAUGACAGUCUCCAAAUUUGCCUCUUUUUGUACCAUGGGCGCCAAUGCCUCUGCACUGGAGAAAGAGAUUGGAUCCGAGCAGUUUCCGGUCAAUGAGCACUACUUUGGCCUGGUCAAUUUCGGGAACACCUGCUACUGCAACUCGGUGCUGCAGGCUCUGUACUUCUGCCGACCAUUUCGGGAGAAGAUCUUGGCGUACCGCAGUCAGCCUCGGCGGAAGGAGAACCUGCUCACCUGCCUCGCGGACCUGUUCCACAGUAUCGCCAACCAGAAGAGGAAAGUGGGCGUCAUACCACCCAAGAAGUUCAUCACACGGCUACGCAAGGAGAAUGAGCUGUUUGACAACUACAUGCAGCAGGAUGCCCACGAGUUCCUGAACUACCUGCUCAACACCAUCGCAGAUCUGCUUCAGGAAGAGAGGAAGCAGGAUAAGACCAAUGGCCGCCUUGCCAACGGCACAUUGGACUCCCAGAACAACAACAGCAAUGCCACACCUGCUCCCACCUGGGUCCAUGAGAUCUUCCAAGGCACUCUGACCAAUGAGACACGCUGCCUCACCUGUGAAACGAUAAGCAGCAAAGACGAGGACUUUCUGGACCUUUCUGUGGAUGUAGAACAGAAUACCUCCAUCACACACUGCCUCAGAGGUUUCAGUAACACAGAGACACUGUGCAGUGAGUACAAAUACUACUGUGAAGAAUGUAGAAGCAAGCAGGAGGCACACAAGAGGAUGCGUGUAAAGAAACUGCCAAUGAUCUUGGCUUUGCACCUGAAGCGCUUUAAGUACAUGGAGCAGCUGCAGCGCUACACCAAGCUGUCCUAUCGCGUCGUCUUCCCCCUGGAGCUCCGCCUCUUCAACACCUCCGGGGACGCCACCAAUCCUGAGAGGCUCUACGACCUGGUCGCCGUGGUGGUGCAUUGUGGGAGUGGUCCAAACAGGGGUCACUACAUCGCCAUCGUGAAAAGCCACGACUUCUGGCUGCUGUUUGAUGAUGAUAUUGUAGAGAAAAUCGAUGCACAGGCCAUAGAGGAAUUCUACGGCCUCACUUCUGAAAUCUCCAAGAACUCUGAGUCAGGCUACAUCCUCUUUUACCAGUCCAGAGACUAAAUGUGGCGGAGGCGAGCGUUUCGCCACAGAAACCGGGAGAAGUGCUCUGUUCCCUCGUCUUCGCGAGGAGCAGCGGACCAUUAACGCGCCACAUCAGCUCGCGUGUGUGCCGGAACAGCUGUAAUUCAUACUUGUGCUUUUUACGCACUCAGCGCUGCAGCUCAGCCAUGGAAGCCCCCCCCCCUUACAUACCAGCUGCCCCUUACUUCCCCCUCCCUCUCAUCCUCUCCUCACUUUGGCUGGACCCUGCUGCCGGGACAAUGAGACGAUAAUGAAUGAAAACUGUGUCAAGAUUGUUUUUAAGAAAAAAGACAAUGAAUGAGGGUUGUACAGAUGUCGGUCGGUCGGUCGUAUGAGUGGCGUAUUUAGUUUUUGCCUUGGGUGUGGGGUUGAAUGGGUAUUUAAUAAUUCAUAUGAUGUAAUAUUGGCCUGGUGUCAUUGCCCCUCACACUGUUUGUUUUUCUGCACUGGGAUUUUACUGAGUGGAUCAUGUUUUUGAUCAUGGGUGUAAAGGAGGAUGGGUGGGGGUGGUGACACUGGGUUGUAUAUUUCUACAGUGUACAGGAUGGUAUUUGUAUAAAUAUAAGAAGAAGAUAAUAUUAUCAUUGGAAAAAUGUUAGACCUUGAGAAGAUGUAUUAACACUAUGGUGCACUUUUGAUACCGUUUUGUAGGUGUUGGCAAGUUUAAUGUGAGGGUUUGCUUAAAAAGGCCUGUUGUGAAGCGAUUAUUUUCUGUUUUAAAGAAAAAGAAAUAAAGCCAGUAAGAUUGAG